UGAUACACGUAGCUUUACUCCGUAAUAGUCACUAAACGUCAUAAACUCACUAAAAAAAAAAUAAAAUAAAUUUGUUCGUAAAAUUUUGGUGUGCAAUUAAUAGCGAAAAUGCGGUUCAUCUAUAAAGAAGAGAUCCCCUUCGAGAAACGAAAAUCUGAAGGCGAAAAAAUCCGACGAAAGUAUCCAGACAGGGUGCCGGCCAUUGUCGAGAAAGCCCCACAGGCGAAAAUUACCGAUGUAGACAAGAAGAAGUAUUUGGUCCCAUCGGAUUUGACUGUGGGACAGUUUUACUUUUUAAUCAGGAAGAGGAUCCAUCUGAGGCCGGAAGACGCGUUAUUUUUCUUCGUUAACAAUGUGAUCCCGCCGACAUCUGCCACCAUGGGGUCUCUGUAUCAGGAACAUCAUGAAGAGGAUUUGUUCCUGUAUAUUGCUUACUCUGAUGAAAACGUUUAUGGACGUAAUUAAACUAUAUAUUGAGUUAUUUUUUAAA